UCUUCUUCUCUGACCACAUCUGUCACCCCCAGCAUCACGUAUUUACGGGCAUUGAUUGCGUCGCCACGCUGAAAAGAAACAGAUAUUGUUCAAAUAAAGUAAAAUGAUGUGAACAUCUGAAUGUAGUUUGAUUAUGAUUAGGAGAAAAGCCAAGGAAUAUAGUGUCUCCAGUUUGGAACUCGGUGGCACAUCAGAAUUCACAAAACAUGUCCCAAUGAAGAAGCUGAGAUCCAUGAAAUCCGUGAAGUACGUUAUCUUAAUUGCGUUGGGGUUCCUCCUCCAUUCAGGGUACAGAUUCCUAACAAAGCCAAAUUCUGAACGAGAGAUAAUCGACAUCACUUCUGAAGAUCUGGUGAAUGGUGACGCCAUCGAUUAUUUAAAGAAUAGCUGGGACGACGAGGAAACCAAAUUUGCUGAGGAAAGAGACUCAAAUGUCAAGGCCAAAUUAAGUGAUCACGCAAAGAAAGUUUUAGAGAAUCAGAAUGCAAAGAAGAUCGAAAGUGUAAAAAUUAAACAAGAAACAAAGAAGACAAAGACGGUGAAAAACUCUGAAGAGAAAAGACAAACUGAAGGCGUGGCCUUAGAAAGUAUUGCAAAACAGCUGCGCGAGAGUAACCAUCUCAACAAGCAAAUCAAAGACAGUGUUGUAGAUGUCAAAUUUCAUCCAAAGAAUGAUCUUGAGAGAAAAGACUUGAAAAAUGAAAUGGAGAUAGAGAACCGUAUAGCAGAAUUAAUGGAUGAUGAGGAGGAUUCACAGAAAGCAGACCAAAUGGCAGUGGAGGACUACAACGACCCCCAGAAACCGGUCCGCAGAGACCCCAAGGUACAGCAGGAGUUCCAACAGAAAGCUGAACAGAUAGCCAAGGUUGUCCACAGUAAAAGUGUCGUUCUGUCUGAGGGACAUCACAGUCACGACAUCCCGGCCUUUGUCACCGCCGUCUCACAACAAACUAUCACUCAGGUGGAACAUCUCGUGGCCUCUAUUCAAUAUUUUUAUCCACAGGAAAGCAUUUAUGUGUUUGAUCUGGACCUUAAUGAUAACCAGCGAAAAAAGUUGUCUUCACUCUGCAAUGUGCGCAUGCGUGGUUUCUGGUUAAAUCUGUUCCCCAGUUUCAUCCAUGAUUUAUCGAAUUUUCAUUGGCGGCCUUUAAUCAUUCAGACGGCUCUGGCUGAGUUUGCACACAUUACAUGGAUAAAUCCUGGAUUCAAAGUGAGUUCGACUGCAUUUACUGAGUUUGUGCAUCGAUCAGAGGAACCGGGAAUUCUAGUCAUAGGUCAAAGUGCUGAUUAUUCCACAUUUGCCGUGACACAUCCUAAAAUGUAUAAAUAUUUGUCAGUGGAUCGAACAGAGCUGUUUAAGUCUCCUCACAUAGAGAUGAGAGCUAUGAUUAUACACAACACCGAUGUUGUGAUGAACAAUUUUAUGAAAAUCUUGACGGCGUGUGCAGUAGAGGAACACUGUCUUAGUCCUGUCGGCGCUGCGCCAGAUUGCACGUUUGAUGUUACAGGACGGGAAUAUGCCAACUGUCAUCGGCACGACGAAUCGGCUAUCAAUAUCAUUCUGAAAAAUUGGCUUGGACAUAAGCCUGUCGAUUACUUGGUAAAAAGUAACUUUUUGCAACCCAUCAACAAGUUUGACAGAGCUAAUCCGAAGUUUUGUAAAGAGUGAAACCACGUGUACAUUUACUUACAAAAAGUUUAAAUCGUCCAUCGUUAGUAAUUGCAAAAUGUAUGUAUUUCUGAGUGACUGCAAUCCCUUGGAAUAUGUUUCACUUCUUCGAGAAUUAAAAAAAAAGUGUUUGUGCGUACAUUCAUUGACUGAUUUAAUAUGUUGAACAUUUAGAAACAAAGUGUAGAAACAUGCAAGGUGAAAGUGAUUCAACAGGCAAAUAGGUCACAUGGCUUACUUGAAGUCGACUUAAUAAGACAAGGCAUUGAAAACCCCUCGAAAUGCAUCUAAUAACCACAAGACACAUGACUAGAUUGCACUAACACAGGGGAACGAAGUUUUACUUGGGAACACGAGAGGACGGGGAGUAUAUUUUAACAUCUUCAUUUCAGCAAUCACAAAGCUACAUGUACUAAUUAUUAUUAAAUAAUAUUAAUGUAAUUUCA